UUGUGUUGAUAGUGUGCUGUGAUUUUUCAGUGACGUAACGAUACUACUACUAGACAACCAAAUUCACUUACAAGUUUCGAUUGUUUCGGACUGUUGUUUUUGUAUUUUUGCGAGAUGUCUUGAACGUCGUGACUGUUAGCCGACUUGAUCAACCCAAAAAAAUCUAAUAACCGAAAUCCGAGACUGAGAUUUUGGGCCGGUGAUGUGGCUGUGAUUAAGUAUUUUCUUUUUUUGUAUUGCAGACGGUGGGAUUAUUGAAAAAAGGGAUUAAGUGCAUUAGUGGUUCCUUGAAAUGUGUAUAUGUAUAUAAUGAGUUGUUCUGAAGUAAUGUAUCAAGCGUACUAUCCCUAUCUGUACCAAAGGGCUGGUGCUGCACCCCCUGUAUCGGCUCAUCCAGUACCGAGAACUGGACCAUUCAGUUCACCAUUUGGAGCUGCCCAUCAGUAUGACAGGUUCAACGUGCAGAGGAUCCAGGACGCGCACUCGCUCUCGCAGCCCGGCUCGAGCGGCGGCGGUUCCGGUGCCGGUUUGUCGUUGGGCGGCGGUGGCGGAGGCGAAACUCACCCCGCGCUGUCCGCCGCCCAUCAUCCCCACCACCCCCUCUACCUUCAGGGCUCGGCGCACAGUUCGGGCGGCUCGGUGAGCUCGGCGGGGGGCGCCUCGCCCACCAGCCCCCUGCGGCCCGGCAAGGAGGAGGACUGCAGUCUGCACGGCAGGAGUAGCACCGAAGAUCCCCAGCAAGGCAUCGAGGACGACGAUUCGCAGGAUGGAAGCAGUUCGCGUGCCCAAUACGUCUCGGCGAACUGCGUGGUUUUCACGCAUUACCAGGGCGACGCGGCUACCGUUGUCGACGAACAUUUUUCCCGAGCCCUUGAUAAGACGGCCGCCCACACGAAAGAGAGUUCGCCGAUGUCCUCCCGCAACUUCCCCCCCUCCUUCUGGAAUAGCCAGCAUUACAGCGGCGCCAGCGGAGGAACCAGUCACCACGGCGCCUCGGCGGCCGAUUUGUACAGCGAACACUACCAUCCAGGCGACGCCUGGUACCAAUACAGUCAGCACCAUAGAUUAGACUACCAUCACCAUAAUAUGGCCGCGCAGUACGGCGGCCUCCUCCUGCCUGGUUCCAGGUUACAUCACAUGAGUUCCCACGCGCCCUGCAAAGCGAUGGACUGGCAGCAUCCCUCCAUCGAGUCGCCGUAUUCUUCCUAUCCCACUAUGUCAGGUCUUGAGGCUCAAGUACAGGACUCGUCGAAGGACCUCUACUGGUUUUGAGAGUGAUUGACAAUGGACAAUUGUUUUGUUAUGAAAGUGAAACCGUGAUUUAAGUGUAAUAUAAAAAGUACAAACUCUAUUAUUAAAUAAUAAGUUCACUAUAAAGACAAUUGGCGUUUAUUUUAAAUAAAUGUUCCUUAUUAUUAUUCAGAAUUUUGUGCAAAGCAAAGCUGAUGUUAAGUAUUAAAAUUAUUCAAUAUUA